GACUGAACUCUAGUCUGCAAACAACACUCUGCAGCUUGAACUGGAUUUGACGGCAAUUGUUUAACUUGCGUCUGUGCCAUCUCUGCUAACCAUGGACGAAGAGCAAAACAAACAGAGAGACCAGGGAGAGGAAGAAGAAGAAGACGAAGAGCGUGAUUCUGAAAAAAUAUUUGGUGUCUUUAGCAGGGAGAGUCUAACCAUGCUUGGAGUUGGAAUCGGCGUGCUUGUCUUGCUGGGGAUCAUUACCAUAGCUUCUGUUGUUGUGACUUCAAAAGCAGAUCCUACUGAACCCAUUCAGCCCUUUCCCACCAGUGGAGACAUGCUGGACUACCUGGUCCAAAAUGGAGACAUCCAAGAGCGAGAUGCCCUACAUGUCUCUUGGUAUCACUCCGCCAACAGCAAAUCUGACUUGGACAAAGCCUUGAAAAGUACGGCCAUGGUUCUCGAGGCUGACGUGAACGUACAAGGAUACAACACAGCCAACGAGACGGAGAUCCCCAUAAUGGCUCACCCGCCUGACGUUUACAGUGACAACACUCUGCAGGAAUGGCUGGAGUCUGUGCUCAACUCCAAGAAAGGGAUCAAACUGGAUUUCAAAAGCAUCAAGGCGGUGUUGCCGUCACUGGAGAUUCUGAGAAAAAGAAAUCAAACAGGGAUAAACCGCCCAGUCUGGCUCAAUGCAGACGUUCUCCGCGGUCCUAAUGUCCCGAACUUCUGGCCUGUUGUCAACAGCACAGCGUUCUUGGGACUCAUCCAAAGCGAAUUCCCAGAUGCCACGAUCUCUCCCGGGUGGAAGGUCCUCUACAUACCGUCGACCCCAUCCUACACGCGCGCCAUGGUGGAGGAGAUGUACUCUCUCGUCCAGCACGUCCCCCAGAGGGUCUCCUUCCCCGUGCUGGCCGUCAUGGUCAAGCAGGCCUGGCCCCACUUCAGCUGGCUGCUCAGCCAGUCCAGCAGGUUCAGUCUGACUCUGUGGCAGGGGGAGGAGAGCCCCAGCGUGAACGAUCUGCUUUUCAUCCGGGACAACAGUAACCCGCAGCGCAUCUACUACGACAUCUACGAGCCCGUCCUGUCCCAGUUCAAAGCAACGGCUUUGCAGAAGAGGUUUAGGCGGUUUUACCCUGGAGGGGACCUGGUCGACUAUUUCAAACCUGCGAACAGCGACGGUAUGAACAUCCGGUGGGACUGGGUCAGUGACAGAGCCUCCCUGCUUUCCCUGCUCAAAGACAGCACCGGCGGGAUGUUGAUCAUUCCGGUCGGAUCGAAGAAAGACCAGCCAGCGGUCCCAGUGGUGGAGAACUCCAGUCCCGAGCUCUCGCUCCAGGAGUGCCUCGACCUGGUCUCGGCCUCCCCCAAGCUCCACGGCCUCUACUUCCAGGUCAAGUCCCAGGCCGUCCUGACCCCGACGCUCCGCCUGCUCAACCAGAGCUACGCCGAGGACCUCCUGUACCGACCCACCUGGAUCAACAUGAACGUGUCCCACGGGGCUUUCGAGACCCCCGGCUACGUCUCGGGCGCCGAGUUCCUGGACACGGUCGACCGGGUCUUCCCGCACGUCACCCUGGCCCCAGGCUGGCCCCUCGAGGCCCUGGGCGAGGGCUACACCCAGCCUCUGGUGGAGGACAUGCUCCAGCUCUUCAGGGGGGCCAGCCAGGACGUGUCCCUGCAGCUGAGGGCAGUGCCCCUGGGGAGGUCUUACCUGGGCCGCCGGCACCUCCGGGGGGCCCAGCCCCGGUUCUCUCUGACCGUCCAGCACGGACCGGAGCAGGGCAGCUACAACUCGGGGUACAUGGGCCUGAUUUCGGUCCGAGGAGGGGACAUGCACCGCAGCUUCUACAACAUGCCCUCGGACUACAAGGCCAAGCUGCUCAUGGACGUGUACACCUCCUAAGCCUGGCCACACACUCCCGAUGUCGCAACCUCGAUCUCAAAAGAUUUGUUUUGUUUCGUUUAGUUUCUUAAAAAACAAAAUUAGGGAGAGUCGUUGAUAUUUUUGAAAAAAAAGUUUUUUUUAAUACAUACAAACUGUAACAAGUGUGCAGUUUAAUAUACAGACAAAUCCCACUGCAGUUAGACUGAAUACACCCCUUAGCCCUGUGCAAAAUCAGUCUGUGAAACACCAGUCGAUUACUAAACCACAUUCUGGCAAAUACAGUGGAUGAGAGUCUGUGAACGGUUAUUCAACAGGCCAAUAAAUCCCCAAGAAACAGUCUAGAAGAAACAAAAAACAAAGGAGAUUUAACAAAAGAGGAAAUUAAUUUGCCACGUAGUUGCUUAUUUAUUGUUUUUGUCCAGGCCCAUAAUUUACAUUGAAAAAUGUGACAGGGUGUUGAUGCUCAGUAUUCAUAAAUUAUUUUCAGCUCACUGAUGUUCCAACUCCUGUAUAAAGACUUGAAUAUGAAA